UUCAUUUGUCCGCAUAUUCUGUCAGUUGUGACUCUAACUGAAUUAAUGUCACGCGUUGUGUUUCUCACGAGUUGUUGAGGCCGAAAAGUUCCUGUGCUGACCUCUUAUCAUGACAGGACCACCGACUCCAGUGGACAUCAGGACAGCAUCCUCCUCCUACUCUCUCUCUCUUCUUAACCUUAAAGACGCUUUCUAGCUUUUGCCUAGUCUCCGGAAAACAUCUGAAUCAUUUUAACCAACUCCAGCUGUCGCCCUGGUGUGGGUGUGUGAGAAAGUGCAUGGCCGUCUCUGAAUGAGUGGAGACUCGAGCGAGUGUGACGUUUAGAUUUACGAUAAAAAUCAGGAUAUUUUUGCUUCUUGUGUUGUCGGUAUGAACGCAGAUACGUGCGUCUCAUACUGCGACAUGACCUCCAUGGACUCAUAUUAUUCGCCUACAGCAUCAGGGCAAGGGAGAAUCCAGCAGGCCAAUCCUUACAGGACUUUCCAGUCGAGCGACUCCAAAUACAGUCCCACUUUCUUGCCCGCCAAAGGUCAAACUUAUGGGGAGAAGCCGCGGAGUCCAUUCCACCAGGACUGUCCGACACUGGAUGAUAGCACAGCCGAGGGCGCUUAUAGCAAAUAUCACCUUUUUAUGCAGAGAUCCGCGUGCAAAACGCCUCCUGAAGACAGCAAACUGGAGGACGGCGCGCUCAUCUCAUGCUUCGGUAAAGAUGGCACUGGACUGACAGACACAGACAUGCCUCAAUCUGCAGAUCCCACAGCACUGGAUGGCAGUUUCAUCAGUGUGAAAGAUGCCGGGGUGAAAGGUCAAUCAGAUCGUCCCAUCUCUGACCUCAGCAGUGCUCUGGACAAGAGUGAAGCUGAGAGCAACAAAGGCAAAAAGAGGCGAAACCGCACCACUUUCACCAGUUAUCAGCUGGAGGAGCUGGAGAAGGUUUUCCAGAAGACGCAUUAUCCAGACGUGUACGCUCGAGAGCAGCUGGCACUCAGAACAGACCUCACUGAAGCCAGGGUGCAGGUGUGGUUUCAGAAUCGCCGGGCCAAAUGGAGAAAAAGAGAGCGAUUUGGUCAAAUGCAGCAGGUUCGGACACACUUCACAACAGCCUAUGAGCUUCCUCUUCUUACACGACCUGAAAACUAUGCACAGAUUCAGAACCCAUCUUGGCUAAGCGGCAGCAGUGCGGCCUCUCCAGUGCCAGGCUGUGUGGUACCUUGUGAUUCUGUUUCCUCCUGCAUGACUCCUCAUCCUCACUCUGCCAGUGGCGUGUCUGAUUUCCUCGGUAUGCCAAGUCCAGGUGGCAGCAUGGGGCAGACACACAUGGGCAGCCUUUUUGGGAGCUCGGGAGUAGGUGGAACCAUUAACGGUUUUGAUCUCAGCGUCGAGCCGGAUCGCAAAUCCUCCAGCAUCGCCAGCCUGCGCAUGAAGGCGAAGGAGCACAGCGCCGCCAUCACAUGGGCAACAUGAUGCCUUCAUCUGGGAAACAGAAAACCAGACAACCUCAGCCCCAAGCUGUCAGCACUAAUGAGGUGAAAGUUUAUGGCAUCUGGAGCCAAUAUGAACAUGAGAAAUGGAGGCUGGAAGCUUUAAAACACUUGUUGGAGAUCUAAUUUUAAGGUUCUCUGAGGAAGUGGAUUGUGCAGUGGGACAUUGUGCUAGAAUGAGUGGAAACUGAUGGGCCAGUUUGAACAGAGAGAUGUUUGGUUUAAAUAACUUUUUAUGUAACAUUGAAAAAAAAAAUCUAUAUGCACUAUUUUCCCCUAUUACUUAAUAGACAUGUGCACUGCCAUUUAAAGAAAAUCAAGGUUGCAUUUAUUCAAUCAAAAGAAUACAAAGAUUUAAGCAUUAUAAAUAUAUCUAAUGGAUCCUUGGUUAAUACCAAAGAGCAUAGAAUCACCAAGAGGCGACACUGUAGUGCGAUUUGGGAAACAGCCACUAGAUGGCCUGGCAGCCAUUUUGGAAUGAAAGUUCCAAUAGAGCAACAGCAUAUUAUAAGUCUGUAAAAUAAACUAUUAAAAGUGCUGAUUAUUGUGAUAGUAAGUGUUGUAUUGUCAUCUUUCAGGUUGUAUCUCAGCUUUAAGGCACUUUCUAAAUAAAUGAAUCAAAAAUAAAGCAGCUGCUUGCCAUCGCAGCAACAAUAAGAUCCAAUG